UCACUCAUUCUCUCUGUAAGCAACGUCAAAGGAGGGAGUGCCUGUUCGGAGGCAGACUGAGGCUGUUCUGGGGAAAUUCUUGGUCCUGGAAGAUCCAGAGAGGCUGGUCUUGACGGAGCCGCGGCAGCCAAGCGGCGAGAGGUUUGCUGAGCGCCGCAGGGCUGGAUGGCCCUGGCCGAGGGCGGUUGGUGCCUGCUGAAGCGCUGCGGUCCCGACGACUCGCCCUGUCCGGUGGCACCCCGGGAGGUGCCGGGCCCUUCGCCGCCCCCGCCCGCGUCAGCGGGUGCCUCGCCCGGGGGGGGCGGGGGCCCGUCCAGCGUCAGGAGCUUCAAGCAGGAGCCCGGAGGCCACCCGCACGCCCACCCCCACCCCCAGAGCCUGCAGGGCAGCACCUAUGACGGAGCGUCCCCGGGCAGCGGCGGAGGCGGCUUCGUGCCUUCCACGGCCGGAUCUCCCGUCUACGUGCCGACCACCCGCGUUGGGUCCAUGCUGCCCUACCUCCAGAACCCAACGGGCGCCGGACAGGCUGGGGGACCGUCGAACGGUGCCCCCCGGGAGCCGGCCGCCUACAGCCCGCGGGAGCAGUUCCGGCCGCUGAACGGAUCCUACUACGGCCCCUACAUGGGCGCCCAGUUCAGCCCGCCAGGCUGGGGCAGCCCUUUCGACAACUCCCUGCUGCACUGCCUGCCCAGCCGAGCCACCACCCUUGCCGUGAGACCGUCCAGCGCAGAUCUCCUGGAUGAUCUGAAUGAGAGCCGGGAAUGCGUCAACUGUGGCUCCAUCCAGACCCCCCUGUGGAGAAGAGACGGGACUGGCAACUAUCUCUGCAAUGCCUGUGGGUUGUACACCAAGAUGAAUGGCCUCAGUAGGCCCCUGAUCAAGCCUCAGAAGAGAGUGCCUUCUUCAAGACGACUGGGCUUGUCUUGUGCCAACUGUCAUACUACAACCACCACCCUUUGGCGCAGGAAUGCAGAAGGAGAGCCCGUAUGCAAUGCUUGUGGCCUGUACAUGAAGCUUCACGGGGUGCCCCGACCUCUUGCUAUGAAAAAAGAGGGAAUUCAAACCAGGAAACGAAAACCGAAGAACAUAGCUAAGACAAAAUCAUGCUCUGGUAAUAAUAACAAUAAUGCUGUUCCUAUGACUCCAACUUCCACAUCUUCUACAAACUCAGAUGACUGUAGAAAAAAUGCUUCCCCCGGCACACAAACAACAGCCUCAGGGGCGGUCUCUUCAGUGAUGUCCAGCCGGGGUGACAGUACCAGUCCUGAGACUAGCGCACUCAAAUAUUCUGGCCAGGAAGGGCUCUACUCAGGCGUCAGCCUGACCUCCACUGCAGAAGUGACAGCCUCUGUGAGACAGGAUUCUUCCUGGUGUGCCUUGGCUCUAGCAUGAAUUGGUGGCAAAUCAGUGCUGGUGUGGAUAUUUGCCCUGGGCUGCAGCCAGCUACACUUUUGUUGGAUAUUUUUGCUGUGAUCAAGCAGUCCAGGAAGCUGUGGCCAUGAUGGCAGGGACAGUCUUGCCCAUCAUACCUGCUUCUAGAUACAUUUCUUCCCUGCAACACUGACUCUCCAGGUCAUCAGUCUGCAAGAGAAUCAAGGGAGCGGAACUGCAUCUUUUACUCAACAAGGAGUGCCCUUCUGCACUAUUCAUAGAUCUUCGCCAUGACUAUCUGUGCUGCCUUGUGUAUUUGUGGAUUGCGUCUUUGUUUCACUCCCACUCGACCAACAUCCAAGAUCUGAUUGAUGUUGACAUUUUUUUUCUUUUUGUAGACAAAGUAGGCAAAGCUUGCAUUAUAAUGGAUAAUGCAGUGUAGAAGAGCAAUUCAAGUGUGCAUCUUGUCCGUAUGCGUAACCGCAUAUCUUGAACUUGACAGUUCUGAUCUAUCUCACAGGUCAGUGUUCUCAGCUAGUGCCUUCUGCUCUAUAUUUUCUGGGUAGUUUUUCUGAAGUAACUUCCGAUAAAGCCCAAUGAAGGAAAACAUCUGGUACACCCUUCUCAAGAUAGAACUUGCUAACAAGAACUUAUUCUAAAAUAUUUGCAUUGUUGUCUUUAAACAUAUACUGUGAUAGAGGAGGUGGAGUGUCUAUGAUAUGACUGACCUGUAUAUAGUCAGUCAGAAUUUGUAAACAGGGUAGCCUUCAAAAAAAGAGAUCCCUUUUGCAUAUACACAAUUUUGUUUUUAUGAAAAGUGCAAUUUCUGUUGCAGCAAUCAGUGUUAAAUCAUAAGCAUAAGAUUUAACCGCAGUUUUUAUACGAAUGAAUGGAAUGAAUGUAAACAUUUUAACUUAAUGGUACAUAAAUAAUUUAAAAGAAAAAAAAAGUUAAACUAGGCAUCUUUAUAGGUUUUUUUUAUUGCAACAAAAAUGUUUGAUGUCUGUGUUUCUGAUUUUCAAACAAAAGUUUCAAGAACAAAAGUUUUCUCAGGAAAAAAAAGAUUAACCUGUCUAAGCCAGCCUUCCACAAAUCUCAUGGCCUCCAACUGAGUUGGAUUGCAAUGCCAGAAUUCCAGCUAAGCAUAACGGAAGAUUCAUCCUGUUGGGAAUUCUCAUAGUUGUAGUCCAGCCUAUUGAGGAAGGCUGGCCUAUCUAGUCAUAAGCUUUUAUAUAUAGAUACACAGUUGUCCCCACUAUCUUGCCAUGAAUAAAGUAUGUGCUAGAAAAGUGUCCAUUGCAAUAAAAAUUUACUACCUAAUGGCAAAAUAUGUAAAUACUUCAUCAGAAUUAUGAAGCAUUUUUCAAAUAUUGGAUGCAGUCUGUAGAAUAUAGCUGACCUGUAGCUAGGUUGGUUUGCAUAUUUUUCAAAGCAAAAGCAAAUGAUGGGAUGUCAUGUGGAAAGUUGUUUUCACCAGAGGUUUAAAAAUAAAAGGGUUACGUGUUAUGUCUAUAUGUGAUUUCUCUUUAAUAUACUGCAAAAUAAAGGAGUACAUUCAAAAAGCUUCUUCCUGUAAGCUUGCAAAAAAUUCAGGUAAGGAUUAAAAGAAUAUUCAGACUUCUACCAUUCAUAAAUGUAAAUAUUAAGUUUUCUUGUUUAUCCCCCUUGGUCAGCAUUAAGGAUUGAUUGGUAGUAUUAGACCAGUGUGGGCUAUUCAGUUGCAGGAAAAUCUUUGUCCAGUUGCUAUUUACUAAUUUCCAAACUCCUAAAUUUAUGCAGUGAUGCUACCGCAACAGUCAAGGAGCAUUGGGACGUAAUGCAUGCCAGGAAAUCUGCUUGUUUCUGUUUUCCAUUUCUUCUCAGUGGUGUGUUCUGAUAAAGAGACGAGUUUUUGUAUAAAAUGUUAUUUAAAUCC